AUGUCUAAGGCAGCCGUGAGGAAGCUGCACUGGCGCUCCAAGGUCCAGGAUACCUUCAUCCCCAUGGUUGGUUCCUCUGGGGAUCUGGGCGUGGCAGUGGGCGGUGGAGCUGACUAUGGAGAGUUCCCAUUCGUCACAGCAGCCCCUGGGGGUGGGCUCACAGUGGGCGACAUAAUCCUAGAGAUUGGGGGAACGCCUGUGUUAGGGAUGACACUAGGAGAUGUCCGGGGGGUCCUCAACUCCUGCCCCCAUCCCAUUCGCAUCAAGACCGUCUCACCAGGCUCCGUAUUGUGUAAGGAGCUCAGGUUGUAUCUGAGUAAGUGUUUUACUCCAGGAUCCAUGGACAGCCAGCUUCAGCAGGUCAUCCGGGAGAACCUCUACCUCCGAGCCGUGCCAUGCACGACCAGAUUGCCCCGUGAUGGGGAGAUAUCAGGGGUGGACUACAACUUUGUCUCCAUAGAAGAAUUCUUCUCUCUGGAGGAGUCAGCAGCGCUGCUGGAGAGCGGCAAGUUCAAAGGGAACUACUACGGCACCCCACGGCCAGUACACAUCGGUCCAGAGAGCCCUCCCAUCACCUACCAGGAACACCGCAACCUGCUUCGGAACUUCCGGACACGCAGCAAGUUGCUUAGCAACCUGGAGAAAGCAGCAGAGGAGGAGGAGAACAGCGAGGAGGACUCUGGCCUGUCAGGCAGGUUUACCAAAGACAGGCUGCUCCCCCGUGGAUCAGCGGGUAUCAGCAAUGCCCAUCCCAUCUCCCUGUCCCCCUGCCGGUCAAGAGGGUCCAGUGGGGGGUAUGGCAGUGCCAUGGAGAACGGCCAUGGCAGCACCAGUGCCAGGGUGCCAGCAGUGAUGCCUAAAAACUGGGAGGAGGCCUUCAGCAACUCAGGAGAGCCUUUCUACAUAGACCAUUACUCCAAGACGACCAGCUGGCAGGAUCCUCGUGCUCAGAGCAGCAGAGAGACGACGCUUGACAAGAAUGAAUUACCAGGGUUCACAGACCAGCCAGGGGAGCUGAAGGGUUUCUAUAUCCACACGUGCCUCUCUAAAGGUCCGAGAGGGUUUGGUUUCAACAUCGUGGGGGGCAGCAGAGCCAGGGAGUUCCUUCAGGUCUACAGUGUCACGCCAGGGGGACCUGGAACUCUCAACACAGCGGAUAUCCUGGUGUACAUCAAUGACGUCUGUGUCCUGGGAACGUCUCAUAAAGAGGUGGUGGAGAUGCUGAAGGCAGUGCCUGUGGGCCACAGUGUGGACGUGGUCCUCCGGAGGGGCUAUCCCAUGCUCUACAACCCAGACGGCUGCCUCAAGCAGCCCCAUCCUGGGUCAACUGAUGUCUGUGACCCCCUCCUCCCACCUACCACCACCCAGCCCCAGCCCUUACACCAGCGCCUCCCACGCCCAUCCACAGCCCCAACCCAGACCCAGUAUCUUAAUCUCAAUGGGGUCCUUUCUCACCACCAUGACGUGGGUUAUAUGGGACCAGGAGUGGGGCCGGGACUGGAUGCCAAUGGGAAUGCCACCUCCACAGCUACCCGACCGCCACCCUCUUACAGACGCUCCAGCGGAAACCUUGCUCACUCCACGGCCCCUACACCACCCUCUUAUAGAAGAUCCAGUGGACAUCGCUCUGACUCCACUGCCUAUGAUUCACCCUCGUACAGACGGUCUAGUGGGCACCCUGCUCACUCCGCUGAGCCAACCUCAUACAGACGAUCCAGGCGCCACCUAUCUGAAUCCACCUCCCCUACACCACCAUCUUAUAGAGGUUCCAGUGGCAGCAUCACUCUCUCCAUCCCCCCGGUCCGCCCACCCCGCUCCCUGAGGGGUCUCGCCCACCUGCAGGCUCCUGAUAACUCCCAGAGUGACAGUGAGGUGGUCUCAGCCUUCGGCUCACACAGGGCAUCCAUGAUCCGUAACCACAACAAUAACUCCCUCUCUACCCCCCCCCAGCCCCUGCGCUACAGAACCUCUAAGAGUGACCUGUCAAACACCGACCUGUCCACCUCCUCCACACUCCCUGUGUCCAGACUGCCCAUGCCCCAGUCAGAGAGACCCCGUCUUUCAACCUCCCCAGGCGGGGGGGCGUACUCCCGCCUCAUCAGGCCCCAGGCUUCUCUGCUGAGACCCCCUCCCACCCCCGACAGCCCACAAAUCGGCUUCAACGGCUUCCAUGGCAACACCAGUGGCAGUGGCAGCCCCAGAAGCAUAUCGUCUCCGGGGGUGAUGAGCCUGUGCAGCGGAGUUGGGGUCGAAGGAGUUGGGGUUGGAGGUGGAGGGGAGCUGGUGCCUGUGGCCCUGGCUCAGUGUGAGGGGGGAGGAGGUAUGGGCUUCAGUGUGACGGCCGGGGGACAGGGAGGCAGGCUGGCCCUGGUCAAGAGGGUCUGGGAUAGGAGGCAGUGCUCCUCCCUACAGCCAGGGGAUGCCAUCAUGAAGAUCAACGGAGCAGACGUCCAGAGUCUCAGCUUUGCACAGAUACAACGAGUUCUCCAGGAAUACACCAAACAAGGAGAAGUUAUCCUAUUGGUUCACAGAGGUGGUUUCCACCAUUCUUCCGUCUCCCCCAACUCUAUGCGGAGAGGCCCUUCACCACUCCUUCGCCCCCCUCCUUCACCUGUGGCCUCAGACAAGAACCUGUCGCCCCCUGCAGAAGUCCUGAUCCCACCCCAUCCCACCUCCACCCCUCCUCCCCCUCCCCCAGCCAUGGUGCGCUCCUCUCUGGUCCAGAGCACCAGUUUCCUGGAGUCAGUCCCAGUCACCCUCCCCAUGGCGCCCAAUGACUGGCUGAACGCGGGCAUGACGUAUGAGGGGGACAGGGGGGUGGUGGUCCCAGGACCAGGGCAGGAGGAAUUGGGACGGAACCGUGUGCCCCGGGGGUUCGACGUGGAGCUGAGAAGGAAGCCGGGAGAGGGGUUCGGAUUUGUCAUCGCUUCACAUGAUGUAGAGAAGGGGAAAGCUGCCUCCCUCCUCCCUCACCGGUUCAUGACGGUGCGUCGGGGCAGUCCUGCGGCGAGGAGCGGUCAGAUACGGCCCGGUGACCGGUUGGAGGCGGUUAAGGGGCAUUCUGUGGUGACCCUUCCACACCGGGAGCUCGCCCAAAUCCUCCGCAGAGCUGGAAACACCCUAUGCCUCACCAUCAUCCCCCGUCCUAGCACCUACUCCUCCAGCCUAUCAGAGACCACAGAUUAUGAGCCCAAUUACACAAGCAGGAAAGGUCACAGGUCACGACCCAAACAUGACUCUAGGUAUUACAGUGUGGAUCUAGACCGCGGGCAGACAGGGUUUGGGUUCAGCCUGCGUGGGGGCAGUGAGUACAACAUGGGUCUGUAUGUAUUGGGACUGAUGGAGGGGGGACCUGCCUCAUGCAGCCACAAAAUACAGGUGAGUGACCAGUUGGUGGAGAUCAACGGGGACAGCACAGCAGGGAUGAGCCACGGCCAGGCGGUAGAGCAGAUACGCAGGGGAGGACACCGCAUAUACCUGGUGCUAAAGAAAGGCAAUGGAUACGUCCCUGACUACGUGGAGCUGUCCAGUCUGUCUCUAUGUAUGACCAACUCCAAGCUAGGCGAGCCUUGCUUCUAUGUCAUCGGCCGGACAGAGAAUACGCGGUUGGUGAUCGUUCCUGUUAGUCUUUCAUUUAUUUGUCUCUCUACAUUCCUCUUCUCCUCAAUUCCUAUGUUGUCUUUACUGUUGUCGUUGUUGAAAAAAUAUUAUGUGUCACUGUACGUCGACACCCAUCAUGAGACCAUGAUCACCCACGUGCUGAAAUCAUAUGUUGUAUUGUCUUGAGACAGGGGUAUAACUCGAUGGGCUCUAUUUCCGGCAGCCGUUAAGGCGGCGCUAGUGUCAAACGCACAUCAUGAGACCAUGAUCACCCACGUGCUGAAAUCAUAUGUUGUAUUGUCUUGAGACAGGGGUAUAACUCGAUGGGCUCUAUUUCCGGCUGCCGUUAAGGCGGCGCUAGUGUCAAACGCACAUCAUGAGACCAUGAUCACCCACGUGCUGAAAUCAUAUGUUGUAUUGUCUUGAGACAGGGGUAUAACUCGAUGGGCUCUAUUUCCGGCUGCCGUUAAGGCGGCGCUAGUGUCAAACGCACAUCAUGAGACCAUGAUCACCCACGUGCUGAAAUCAUAUGUUGUAUUGUCUUGAGACAGGGGUAUAACUCGAUGGGCUCUAUUUCCGGCUGCCGUUAAGGCGGCGCUAGUGUCAAACGCACGUUAGUUUGCAAUUUCGUCAUGUCAAAACUGGCAUUUUCCAGCCCUAACGCCAGGUUUGGCAAUUUACCGCUCUUAUAUCAGCUCGCUUGCGCUCAGAUGGGAGGGGUGGAAAUAUUUGACGUGUGUCCUUAAAAACAUGAUCCAAAGUGCUAAUUUCAGGCAGCACUGAUAGGGAUAUUUAAGACCAACCAAAAUCUGGUUUUAGCGGUAACCCAGUUGGUUAUGGCAUUAAUUUUAACAGCGGAAACGCAGCCUAUCCAGCCGUGACGCACUCUGCCCAUAUGCGCAUGGAACAAGAGUAGUCUAAUAUGCUUUUGGUGCCUGUAUACUUCGUAUUUAGAAACAUACAAAAAUAAUGUGUUUUCCCAUUUCGUUUUAUUUUAUUAAAAUCCUAGCAUAGCCUCGCCUCCACUCAAUUAAGGUUUUUAUUUUGUCUGCUCAGUGCAAUCUCAAAUAAAGGGUUUGGCUCCUGAGACCACUUGAAAAAUCAAUAGUAAUCACCAACGUUUUUUUUAAAUAUCAUGUUUGAAAGGAGUAAAACAGUGAGCUGACAUUCCAUUUGUAUCUAUGCAUUGUAAGCAGGCCCAUAUUAUUUUAGCCAUGCAGGUCCCGUUUUGGAUGUGCGUAAAACCCCCUCCAGGAUGUAGGCUACGUGUCCAUGCCCAUCAUGAAACAAGAGAUGAGAACCUCAGUGAAUACCGGUGAACCUUGUAUUUAGAAGGUAUCUGUAACCUGUAAAAAUGGCUUGUUUUUCGUUUCAUAUGUUUAAAACUAAAGCCCUCCCUUAGGCCUACUAUGUAUUUUUUAUCCUGGCGGUUUUAUGAUAUCAUUACAUUUUACAUUUAUGGAUUGUUGUUGUUGUUUUUAAAAAAACACUGCUUGUUUUUCGUUUAAUUUUAUUACAACCAAACUUAUUAGAAUGAUUCACCUUCAUGGUUUUAUGGUGACAACGUCCGUGGUGCGCUUGCAAUGCAACUUCUGGAGAUGUGUGAAUGCGAUCUGAUCGGUAAAAUGGUUCCGAUUAUGUUCAUAAAACAUAGGCCCAUUUGGGAGCAGUAUAACAGUGAGUGGACAUUCUCCCUUUCUAUUUAUAUUGGAUCUUUGUCCAGCUACUGUGAAAAGUUUAGAUGUGUGUAAAACCCUCCAUAGUCUGCGU